UAUGAUGACAAAUUCUCUUAUUUCUUCCCUAAGGAAUUAGAAAUUCUCUUAUGGCUUCUCUAAUUCAACUUCUUUCAAUUUUUCUACCUCUUCUAGCAUCUUCAUUACCAACUAUAUUUUCUAUUGAAGUUUCAAUGAAAAAAGCUUACAUGGAGCCUUAUAAAUGUUCUACAAAGAUGAGAACAUGCAAUGCAUCACUCUACCAUAUAAACUACAAUCACAACAUAGAACAAAUAGCUAAUUUUUAUUCUAUUGAUCCUUCACAAAUCAAACCAAUAAUUCGUAGCACAAAACAAGAUUACCUAGUAAAAGUGCCUUGUUCUUGCAAAAACAUCAAAGAUCUUAGUGGAUAUUUUUAUGAAACAACCUACAAAGUGAGUCCUAAUGAAACUUCUGUGGAUAUUAUGAAUCUUAUUUAUAGUGGUCAAGCUUGGCAAGUUAACGAAGAUUUGGUUGCAAAUGAGAAUGUAACAAUACAUAUUCCUUGUGGAUGUUCAGAAUUUGAGUCACAAAUUGUUGUUACAUAUACUGUUCAGCAAAGUGAUACACCAACAUCAAUUUCUCUUUUGCUAAAUGCUACUAUUGAUGGCAUGGUGAGAAUUAACCAAAUUUUGGGUCCUAACCCAACAUUCAUAGAUAUUGGUUGGGUGUUAUAUGUUCCUAAGGAAUUAAAAGGGUCACCACUUUACCAUGGAAAAGAAAAGAAACACAAGUGGGUGAUAAUUAUUGGUAUCUUAGUGAGUGUGACAUUGCUUUCCGUAAUUACCUUGAUCAUUUUCAUUCUAAGGAGAAAUAAAGCCUAUGAAACCAGCAAAUAUGAUCCAAAAACUGUCUCUAAAAGAUCAUUUGGCAAUAGAACUAUUUCCUUAAGGAAUCAUGAGUUUCAUAAAGAAUAUAUGGAAGAUGCAACACAAUUUGAUUCAGAAAGACCAGUAAUUUAUGAUUUUGAGGAGAUUGAACAUGCUACAAAUAACUUUGAUGAAACUAGAAGGAUUGGAGUUGGUGGAUAUGGUACUGUCUAUUUUGGAAUGCUGGAGGAGAAGGAGGUUGCUGUGAAGAAAAUGAAGUCUAACAAAUCCAAAGAGUUCUAUGCAGAACUCAAAGCCUUAUGCAAAAUCCAUCAUAUCAAUAUUGUGGAGUUGUUAGGAUAUGCUAGUGGAGAUGAUCACCUUUAUUUGGUGUAUGAGUAUGUUCCUAAUGGAUCUCUAAGUGAGCACCUUCAUGAUCCUCUAUUGAAAGGUCACCAGCCUCUUUCUUGGUGUGCAAGAACUCAAAUUGCACUUGAUUCAGCAAAAGGUAUUGAAUACAUACAUGAUUACACGAAAGCGCGAUAUGUGCACCGUGAUAUAAAGACUAGUAAUAUUCUUCUUGAUGAGAAGCUACGAGCCAAGGUAGCCGAUUUCGGACUUGCAAAGCUAGUCGAAAGAACCAAUGAUGAAGAAUUUUUAGCAACAAGACUUGUUGGAACACCAGGCUACCUUCCACCAGAAUCUGUGAAGGAGCUACAAGUGACAAUAAAAACUGAUGUAUUUGCAUUUGGAGUGGUUAUAUCUGAGUUGAUAACAGGGAAACGUGCAUUAUUUCGUGACAACAAAGAAGCUAAUAAUAUGAAAUCACUUAUUGCAGUUGUUAACAAAAUAUUUCAAGAUGAGGACCCAGUAGCUGCUUUGGAAGCUGUUGUAGAUGGAAAUCUUCUACGUAAUUAUCCUAUAGAAGGUGUCUACAAGAUGGCAGAAUUAUCACAUUGGUGUUUGAGUGAAGAACCAGUGGACAGGCCUGAAAUGAAAGAGAUCGUUGUGGCAGUGUCAAAGAUUGUAAUGUCCUCAAUAGAAUGGGAAGCAUCACUAGGUGGGGACAGUCAGGUUUUCAGCGGUGUAUUUGAUGGAAGAUAAAGACUUUUUGUAUUUGCUAAUCUAAAAAUGCAUAUGCAUGCAUCCUUGUCUUUGUCGUUUUAUAUAUUAAUAUUUAUUAGUAUUUGUUGGAGUGUAUAUAGAGAUUUUGGUAGAAGAUUAUAGAGUGAAACCAUGAUAAAAUUGAUAAUGA